AUGUACAGCAACAACCCUUCUUACGACGCCCACUCAAACCAGGCUUCUCUGAAUACCAUGAAUACCAUGAACACCAUGAACUCACUCAGCAACACUGUCAACACCCCUACUUCCACGUCCUCCUCCCAGACCUCUAUAAACACUAACGGUCAAAUUCCUCAGUUAUGGAUGGGAGAGCUGGACCAAAGAUGGGACGAGUUGACCAUCAAACAGAUUUGGACCAGUUUGUUGAGCUCCAUGGGUAUCGUUGUUCACUCCGUCAAGUUGAUCAAAGAUAAGCAAAGCUCUCAGUUGGGCUUGGCCAAUGCAGGAUACUGUUUCAUAAGAUUCCACAACUUUGAAGAUGCCUCCAAAGUUUUGAACACAUUCAAUGGAAAACCAAUUCCAGGCACCAAUAACCAGCACUACUUCAGACUAAACUGGUCGUCGGCUAACAUACAAGCUGCUGCAGUUGCCGCUGCCGCUACCAGCACUUUACCAUUGACUGCAUCCUCAAACCCGGUCGAGUACUCGAUCUUUGUCGGUGAUUUGCCUCAAAACAUCAACGAACAGAUUCUUUUGCAAACUUUUAAAUCCAAGUAUCCCUCAUGCACCAGUGUGAAGAUAAUGGUUGACCAAACAACAGGUAACAUCAAAGGCUAUGGGUUUGUUAAGUUCCUCAAUGAAGAUGAACAGAAGAAAGCGCUGGUCGAGAUGCAAGGUUGCGUUCUUUUGGGGAGAGCGAUCAGAGUAUCAACUGCUUCGAAAUCAAACUCCUCGCUUCCAAAUACCAACAGUGGGAAUAACAAUGGAAAUGUUACGUCAAGCAACAAUAAUAACACUUUCUCCCCAUUGCUGAGCACAACUUUAACUUCUCAUUCGAAUGUGUCCAACACGUCAUUGAACACCAACAUGUCGCCAUCCACUAUGAUGUCUUCAAAUAGCUCUAUUCCUGCAAAUAUUAAUGCUGGUAUACCACAGCAACAACAACAACUGCAUCAACAACAGCAUCAACAGCAUCAGCAACAUCAACAACAACAACAACAUCAACAACAACAACAACAACAACAACAACAACAACAACAACAACAACAACAACAACAACAACAACAGCAGCAAAUUCUUAACAAAUUUAAUUCACAACAACAUCAACCUCAAUCUCAAUCACAACCUCAAUCUCAAUCUCAACAGCAACAGCAACCGGGAAAUUCACCCCAAAACCUUUCCAAUAGAUCGUUGUUACAGCCAUUACCGCAGAACACCUCUGUCCAGUAUUUUAAUGAUCCUGCAAAUACUACUGUUUUCAUUGGUGGCCUCAAUGUUCCUUUCUCUGAGAAGCAGAUGUUUGAUCUGUUUUCCAAAUACGGUAACAUCAGCUACGUGAAGAUUCCUGCAGGCAAAAACUGUGGGUUUGUCCAAUUUUUUCAUAGGGCAAGUGCAGAAAUGGCCAUCAACGAGAUGCAAGGUUACGACAUUGGUGGAGGAUGCAAAAUCAGAGUUAGUUGGGGUGCUAGAGCUGCUCAAAGAAGCUGGUUUGCAAGACAGCUUCAACUACAGCAGCAACAGCAACAGCCACAACAACAACAGCAUCUCUCUCUGAGCCACUUGGCACAGAUUCCUGCACCCGCUUCGUCGACUUCAUCGUCGUCGUCGACUCAGAAUUUGGACCAGCUGUCCAACAACGACAUCAACGUGUUGCUGAACAUGUCAAAGAACCAGAGCAUGGCUGACAGUUUGGGUCUGUUCGACUCGUAUGUGAAUGUGAACGACACGAUGUUGAACCUGAAUGGAUACUCCGUGGACCAGUACAACUUCCAGAACGAACAAAUCCCAUACAGCAGCAUGAGCUCCAACGAUGAGCUGAAGCUGAACAAGUUGUUGCUUGCGGCCCGUGAUGGGAACCUCGACCAGUUGGACCUUGGUUCCAACCUCUACAACUCUUGA